UUAAAAUGUCGACAUCCACAAAAGAUAUGGACCAUUUUGACGAUUUAUUAACGUGUACAAUCUGUCUGGAAACUUUCAAAAUUCCGAAGUAUUUGCCAUGUCUCCAUACUUUUUGUGAAUCGUGUAUUAAAACUUACAUUAUAUUAUCUACUGAAAAGGUAAAUGAGUCCGAGGGAUUCAAGUGUCCAAUUUGUCGACAAUUUGUAUCAUACGACAAUAGACCAAGUAAACCAGAAGCAUUGGCUUCCUCAUUACCGAUGAACCAUUUUGUGAUGUCGAUGUUGGAUAAGCGAUCAAUUCAAAGGUCUGAAAAAUUGUGCAACUCAUGCCAGUUUAACGAUAAGACCAACAAGGCAAUAUCUUGGUGUACGUCUUGUGAAGAGGCAUUUUGUGAACAGUGCGAUGAAUGUCAUAAAUCUUUCAAAGUUUCAGCAAAACACAAGCUUAUUUCAAUCAAUGAAAUUCAGUCAGGAAAUUCCGAUUUGAAAAUAUCUGAAGUCUUGAGUUGUGAAGAACAUCCUGAGAAGAUUGUGGAGGUUUAUUGUGUGGACCAUUCGAAGCCAUGUUGUACCCUUUGUGCAACACUUUCACAUCGCAAAUGUGAAAACGUGACAUCAAUCGUAAAUGCCGCUAAAGGUAUAAAGCAAUCCAAACUUACGACUACUUUGGUUAAAAAACUUGACGAAAGGAAUAAGGAACUUAAUAAAAUAAUUGAGAAUCGGAAAGAUAGUAUGACUAAAUUUGAAACCACCUCUGAGAACAUUAUUCAAGAAGUGUCAACACUGAAAAGGGAAGUAAUAGAUCAUUUAGACAAAUUAGAAGAGAAAAUAAAGGUCGAAGUGGCCUCAUCAAAGAAGCGUGUUUUCAUGAAAUGUACCGAUGAGGUUAACGCUUUUUCGAGUUAUAAAAGUACAUCGACUAACUGGCAGUCAGUCCUUAAUCGAUCUAUAGAACAAGGAUCAGACCAACAGUGUUUAAUGGAAGUCAACAAGAUUGGUCCAAAAAUCACUAUACUGGAGAAGGAGAUGAAAGAAGAAAUGAAAAUGAUGAAGAACCUGAAUAUUGAUUUUGUUCCUUCUGAACUCAUUGAGAAGUUUAAAACGAGCACAGAAUCGUUUGGUUGCCUAAAUAUAGUAGAAGAAGAGUUUCCAAGUGCGCUGUCUGUUGAAAGUCUUAGGGAAAAGGUUAAUUUUCGAAGUGGUGGCAUUAAAAUUUUACAGAGAAUUAAUGCUGCUAAUAAUAGUCAAACUAGUGCAAUAUUCAUUGCUAAAUACCUUGUUAUAACGAGCUAUAACAAAAGUAAUGUUGCAAAAUACAGCCUCGAUGGAAAAUUUCUAGAAGCUUUAUCUGUACAAAAGUAUCCACUGGAUAUAACACAAGUUGACGGGACUCAAGUCGCUAUUUCUAUUUAUAAUAGAAACAAAAUUUCGUUUGUUGACAUUGCGGAAAUGAAGUUAUUACGAACAUUGGAUUUAUCAGGUAUACCAGUACAUGGAUUAUGCUGUGUGGAAGGGAGCACAUUUAUUUUACCAUAUGGAUCCACACUGACAUGGGUUGACUCAUCAGGGAAGAAAGUGAAACAGAAAUCAACAGGUGGCCAUUCGUUUUAUGUUUCAACAUCAGAUCUGAAGGAUUAUAUAUAUGGAGUUGGGGAAAAUUCCGUAUCACGUGAAGUAGGGGAUACAACUACGUUUACAUAUACAAAUGCACAGUUGAACGGCCCUAGAGGAAUCGGAAUAGACUUUGAUGGCAAUAUAUACAUUGCUGGAUGUCAUUCUAAGAACAUUCACCAAAUUACAAAUGAUGGAAAAUUAAUACGUGUAAUUCCGAUCGAAACAUUUGGAAUUCAAUAUCCAUGGACAAUGCGUUUUGCUCCUAACAGUAAUAAAUUUGUCGUUACAUGUGGUGGCUCAGGACAAGUUGUAAUGUGCGAGAUCGAUUGAAGUUCAGUAUAAUAUCUUCUGGAAAAAAAUCUAAUUAGAUAAUAAUUAAUUAAUUUAUACAUAACUGCUGCUUGCAGCAUCAUGUACACAUAUUUUUUUGUAAAUAAGCAUAAAUAUAUUUUGAAUAACCCAGUACUAUAUUUUUAAUUCAAUAAAUACGCACAAUCGAAA